UUGUGUUGAUGGUUGACUAAGCCAGUGGUAUUCUGGUUCUCAUAUUUUAUUUUAUGGCGUAUUCUAAUACUCGCUGUACUGUUCAGUAAAAUCUUGAGUAAACAAUAAAUCGUAACGGUUAUUGGAAUUGGGAGUAAGUAAAUAAGGCUUAUCAUGAUGUAAAUUGUUACGGAUGAUCUUUAUCUGUGGUUAUAAGUACAGAAUGACCGAAACAAUUAUUUGUGUGUGAAGUUAUUGAUUCUUAUUAGUGCAAUGAACACACAGGUGGUAUCUAGAGAGCGAUCUGUUAUUUUGCCCAAACUUAGUUUUCCAUCAAGUUCUUCUGACCAACGUUUGCAGGAUGUUGGAAAUACCACAGACGUCGAAGGGAAAGUCAAGAAUAGACUGUUGUCAAUGUGGAAUAACGUAAAAUAUGGAAUGAAACUCAAGACAAAUUUCUCCAAAGAAUCUCCAGUAUGGCUUCUAGGUAAAUGUUACAGAAGAAUAGAGAGUCCUUCAUCUGAUUGUACUGAACUGGGAACGGACGUUGCAGCUUUUCAAAGUCAAAGCGAGAUCGUUAAUGCGGAUGACGAAGGCUUUGAGGGCUUUAAAAAAGAUUUUAUUAGCCGGUUAUGGUUGACAUAUCGCCGCGAAUUUCCUAUUUUAAAUGGUUCUAACUACAGUAGUGAUUGUGGAUGGGGUUGCAUGUUACGUAGUGGACAAAUGUUAAUAGCCCAAGCGUUAGUGUGUCACAUUUUGGGAAGAGACUGGCGGUGGUAUUGUGAUCAACAACCUAAAACUAGAGACGGUUUCAUAGAAGUGGUAAAUCACAGGAAAAUCAUUAAAUGGUUUGGAGAUAAGCCGUCUAGGAAUAGUCCGUUUUCAAUACAUACAUUAGUUAGCUUGGGUGAAGCGUCUGGAAAAAAGGCGGGCGACUGGUAUGGACCAGGAUUUGUGGCUCACCUGUUUCGACAAGCUUUCAAGAGAGCAUCUGAAGAUAACUACGAAUUUGACUCGCUCACAGUCUGCGUUGCACAAGACUGUGCAGUGUACAUUAGAGAUGUACUAGAAGAAUGCACUGAUAGAAAUGGCAAGUGGAAGGGGUUAAUAUUGUUGAUACCAGUUCGACUAGGGGCUGAUAAAUUCAAUUCGAUUUAUGCGCCUUGUCUUACCACUUUGUUUAGUUUAAAACAGUGUAUAGGCAUUAUAGGGGGGCGUCCUAAACACUCAUUGUAUUUUGUAGGGUACCAAGAUGAUAAGUUGAUUCAUUUAGACCCGCACUAUUGUCAGGAAGUGGUAGAUGUAUGGGCGAUAGAUUUUCCUCUAAAUAGUUUCCAUUGUAGAUCUCCAAGAAAAAUUCAUUUAAGUAAAAUGGAUCCAUCUUGUUGCAUAGGAUUCUAUUGUGCUACAAAAGAAGAUUUUUUUUAUUUAGUUGAAGUAGUACAACCAUUGGUAAUACCACCAGGACGAUCUGACAGUCCAGGUACUGAAUACCCAAUGUUUACUUUCUGUGAUGGAUACAGUCGUGAUGCACAAGCAUCUCCCAAGAAAAUGCCUCCUUCUGAACUUGAAUAUUCUAUAGACAGCAGUACCGACGGAGACGACAUGGGAACUGAAGCGUUUGAAAUCGUGUAACAGCUUCGUUUUCUUUGUUAAAAUACAAAUUGACUGACUGUUACUCAAAUAUGUAUACUUUACAAAAUUCGUUAAAUUUGAAGAGAUUUUUAUUGCAAAUGUAACACUUGAAAGCAAAAUUUGACACAAAAGUAGCAGACGCUGACUACCAAAAUAAAACCUAUAUAAUUUGCGUGGAAGGAGGAUAUCCACUGUUAUAUGCCUCUUUAACAAUCUGUGACAUUUUGUUUGUAUUUUUUUGUAAAUAAUUUUUGCCUUAUUUAUUUUUAUUUAUUUUUAUAAUACAUUCGUAAACUUGUAACUGUAUUGUGAACGAUAAAGCUCUUUUUUUUAUAUAUAUAAACAUGUUAUCUGUUUUAAUCACUCACUGUAUUUGGCUAACCUUAAUUAAAAGAAGCGGGAGAUUAAGUUCAUUCUAACAACAAAUUCAGAACAAAUGAACUAUCGUUCUGGUGUGAGUCAUUACACGUAUGUUCAUAUAUUUGUCCAAACAGUUGUUAUCAAUACAGUAAUAAUAAACCGAAUCGAAUUUUGAA